CCUCUUUCCUCUACGCACCACCAGUACCACCUCCCGGCCAAUCCCGGCGAGCCACCAUAUCUCAUUUUGAUCACCAUUUAUCAUGUCUUCUUCAGCACCGCCGUAUCAUCAUCAUCAUCAUAAUCAUCUACUGCACCGACAGACGUUCCACCAUUUUCCUCCUUCUCCAUCGUCGUCGGACAAACCAAGCAGUGGCGGCUCAAAGCACUACAGUAACAAACGCCAUACUUCCCAGCUCGAGCGACUCCUCUCGCGUGCCCCACCACAGGCCAAUUUUAACGUCAACUAUGAUACCUACACUAUUUUGAUACCUAACUAUACAUUCGGUAAGCCAACAUUGCUUCCAGGAUCCGGCGGACUCAUGGCCAUUGCCAUUGGCAAACGGCUAAGUGACGGUCUCCCGGUUCUUGUAAAGCUUUCACCAUACGCUAUUCGACUCGAACGCGAAUACUACAUUGCUCGACGACUGUAUACCCAACCCGAUGGCAAACGGUACAUUCCUCAGGUGGUUGAAUUGCAAUCGCUUCCUCAAGACGGACUUACAGCCCUUAUUUAUGCCGACAAGGGCGCCUCAGAAGACUUGACGUACGCCGAACAACGAUACUUUUCUCAUUACCGACUAUGGGUGACUUCGCCAACAACUGACGACAUGAAUAAGCAGUUGAAGGAGGAAGUGUCAACAGAAAGUGAAGAAGAAGCAACAACGACGACGACGGAUGGAGCUCACAGCGAAAGCAAUAUCGACGACAACAGCGACAAGUGUAAUAAUGGCUCUUCGUCAUCGCCACUUCUCGAUAUUGAAACGUUUUUAAACUUCGCUGUCGAGUGCUGUUCUUGCUUACAGCUGCUGCAUGCUAACGGAAUCAUCCAUGGCGAGCUCAGACCGUCUGCAUUUCACUGGCACAAGAAUAGUUCGAUGACAGUGAAGAUCUGGAACUUUGGCGCAGGGCUAAAGUCAUUCGAGGAUAUUUUGCUAACAAGCUCAGGCUGGCGUCGUGCAGUGAUGGCUGCGGCGGCGCAUGACGACCUCUUGGAUGAUCCAACCAUUGUGGACCCACUGAGUGCUUCGUUUACGAGAUCUUCCCCUCGUGGAUUUCAAAACGCACUGGCCUAUGUUAGCCCAGAACAAACGGGCCGGACAUCUAAUGUUCUAGAUCAUAGAACCGACCUGUAUUCACUGGGUAUCAUGUUCUUUGUAAUACUCACUGGGUCCCCACCCUUUGAUGGAUCUCCGAUGUCCGUCAUCCAAGCAGCCUUGUCCCAAAAUGUACCCUUAGUGCACACCAUUCGGCCAGACGUUCCACCUGUUGUCAGCCUUAUCAUUGAUAAGUUAACGCGAAAGGCUGUGGAUGAACGAUACAACAGUGCAUAUGGUGUACGGGAAGAUCUAAUCGAAUGUCUUCGACGUUUCAAGAGAGGAGGAUGUGAGUCUCUUGUCUUUUUUCCUUUAGGCCUACAUGACAUCAAUUCAGUAUUCCAGUUUCCAAACAGCAUGUAUGGCAGAGAUCAAGAAAUUGAGCUUUUACGCGCUGCAACUCGCCGAUCUGCAAAUGAUAACAACCAUGUACAGCAGCAACGCUAUGACGAUGAAGAUGACGAAGAUAGCUCUCCCACACGCAUGGCUUCGCCCUCAGAUAGAGCUGCUUGUGAGGUUGUAGUGAUCACCGGACCAGGAGGCAUAGGAAAAUCGACUCUUGUAUCUUCAAUCCACAAUUAUGCACGGCAAUAUGGUUACCUUGGUUCAUCAAAGUUCGAUUCCAAUCAAAAACGACCCUACAAUGGCCUUUUGCGUUGCUUAUCCUCGAUCUUGCGCCAGCUUUUAACCGAGCCUGAGGCUGUUAUCCAUGAUUUCUAUGAAGAUUUAAAGAGACGGCUCGGCCCCCAUUUCAGUAAUGUCCGUUUGAUGGUAGAUAUGGUGCCUGAAUUGAAGCCCAUCCUUAGUGACCAUGGACGGAAUACCAUUUACGAUGACAUGCUACCGAAUAUCAGUACCGAAUCAAGAUUCCAUGCUGUAUUUCUAAAUGUGAUCAAGACCAUAAUGCGCAAAAAGACGAUCACACUGUGUCUAGAUGAUCUACAUGAAGCAGAUGAACCAUCGCUCCAUUUGAUAUCCAACCUAAUUUCCGCCCGUAUCAAAAUGCUUAUUGUUCUUACAUGUCGUGAUAAGAUUCCCGACUGCAUCCAAGAAGAAAUCGACCCAGAGGACAACCCAGACGCACGAGUGACAUCUAUUAGGCUUACCCCACUUGCUGCAGACGCCAUCCUUCAACUUGUCAGUCAGACGCUACACCAAACGCCCGAAGCCGUGCAGCAGUUAGCAGAUAUUGUGUUUCAACGAACGCACGGGAACCCAUUCUACGCCAAGCAAUUGAUGCUGAUGAUGAAACGCAAGGGUGACAUUUGGCUCGACUGGGACGAAAAGCAAUGGAAGUUUCGGUUAGACAAUGCAAACCAAAUGCUGUUCCCUCCCGCCCAGCAACAGCAACAACAGAGUGCAACAAGCAGUAGUAGCAGCAGUAGUAAUAAAGAUAGUAUUGGCGGUGGUACAGGUGGUGGCGGCUCCAUGAUAGACGGGGUACUUGACGUCCGCUACUUGGUCUCCCAUCUCAGAGAUCUAGAUCAUCACACACAAGCGUUCCUAAUGUGGGCUAGUCUCAUUGGCAGUGUCUUCGAUUUUCGACAAAUCAAAUGGCUGAUGAUGGCCACAGACCUCGUAUCCAGUCUAGAGGAUUCAUGCAGUGACCUUAGCGACAAUGUCAGCAUUGUCAGCGGUGAUGCAGCAGACUUUGUGGAUGCGCUGGAACACGCGCCAACGGACGCAUAUCAUACACCACCGGCUAAUGACGACCACAAGCUACGGGAUAGCCAAGCGAUGGCCGGACUGCAGACUGCUUUGCAAGAAGGCAUUAUCCAGCCUAAAGUAGGCAACAAUGAAUACCAGUUCUGCCACGACCGGUACUGCCAAGCCUCAUCAAUGCUUGUAGACGACAAGGACCGCGAAAAGAUGCAUUUACGGAUCGGGCAAAUGCUUAUGAUCGAUAAUGACAGCUCAGACGUGUUCUUGACAGCCGAUCAUUUUGUUAAAAGCGCUGAUUUGAUCAAACGAUUCCGCGCGAGGGCCAAGUAUCGUCAUAUACUUGUCAAGGCAGGCGAAGAAGCACUCAAUUCCGGCGCGCUGCAGAUCGCGCGGAUCUACUAUGAAUGUGCAAUGUCUUUGUUGGCUCUGAAUCCUUGGGAUGAAGAAAGCAUGCCAGAUGUGUCGUACCGAGAGACACUCGACUUGCACAUGCGGAUGGCGGAGCUGGAUUGGUGGAGCAACAAGCGUGAAGAAGCCAAUGCGCUUUUGGACACGAUCAUGGCUCAUACGCAAGGUCGACCUGUAGAACGUGCACAGGCGUGGCGCGUACAAGCGCGCAUGUACUUUCAAUUGCAACAAAACGAUCGUGGAAUAGAAGCGAUUAUUGAUGCGUUACGCGAGUUGGGCAUGGAUGAUAUACGCUCGCAACUGCAUUCGCCAAUGGCCCUUCCUGCUGACCAUGAAACGUGCGCAGCCGAGGCGUAUCCGCUGUACAGCAAAGUGAAGAAGCGCAUCCUCGAGAUUGGCUUUGAUAGGCUAAUUGCGAUGGAGCGUUGUCGAGACCGACGAAUACUGGCAAUUAUGACGCUGUUGAACGAAGCAUGCACAGGUGCAAUUUGGCUAAGCCCAACUUUGGUGGAUACAAUUGCUAUUAAACUGGUUGAAUUGUCACUUGAGCACGGAUAUGGUGUGACCAGUGGGAGCGGCUUUAUCUGGCUGGGCUGUACAGCCGCGCGCUUGAAAGAGUAUAAGUUUGGUGCCCAGCUUGGUGAACUUGGCUUGCAAAUUAGCGAAAAGUAUGCCGGUAAUCCAGAAAUCGCCCAGUCAAUCGUGGUUCACUAUGGUAUGCUGGCACAGUGGUCAUCUAAUUGCCAUUUUCGGGAUUGCAUUAAACACUUUCAGCGAGCUUACAAAUAUGCCGUAGCUGGAGGGGAUAAGAUAUUUUCAUCGAUGGCGCUAUUCCAUAUAUCGACGACGCUCUUUUAUACUGGCUGCAACUUGUCCGAGCUGCAAACAUAUCUGAGUGACAUGAUUGAGGAGUACGAAGAGGACGACAUGAAGAAAGACACAAUAUUCAACUUGAACGUAUCCUUAUGGCGCUCUGUGCUGGCACUUCAGGGCAAGACAUCCACGGACUCAGGUACGACACUCGACGAUCCGAAUCAAGACGAAAACGGUUUUACGGAGAGUAGACGCAGCAGAGCUCUCAAUCCAAGCAGCCCCUUCCACUGGCAUUGGAGCUUGAAUAUCAUAACACUGGUACAUUUUGAUCGUCAUUGUGAAGCAGCUCGGCUAGGCUUCCAUCUCUUUGAAACGUCCUUAAACCAUCCAGAACAUCGUCAUAUCGGCAUUGCUAUAUUCUAUCACAGCAUUGCCAUGAUUGCCUGCAUCCGCGAUACAAACCUGGAUGAUGCUACUCGGGAAAACUACCGUGCUCAAGUUGAAAGGAACCAACAGACACUCGAUGAAUGGGCUACGCAAUCCGAGAUCAAUUAUCGAAUGUAUUACAAGCUCGUGGAAGCCGAACUGUCAACACUUGACGGCUCGUGGUCUACGCCCAAUUUGUACAACGAUGCCAUUGAGUUGGGCACUCAGGGUCAAUGGCAUCCAUUCCUUGCGCUUGCAUAUCAGCUCACGGCCGAGCACUAUAUACGCAGCAACAUGAAAAUGCUUGCCCUGCCGAUGCUUCAACAAUCACUCGAAAUAUAUAAUGCAUGGGAUGCGUGGGGAACGGCCCGCCAUUUGUCGGAGAAGCACAGCAGCAUUCUAGAUAAGCAAACCAUCAUAGGCAAACCAGUUGAUGCAUCCACGCAAACAGCUGACGAGUUACCCAAUGACGUUGUACCUGCGAUGGAGCAAGGUAUUAUUUGGGAAGAUAUUAUGCCAGAACCAUCUAUCCGCGAGUUGUAUGGCGAAGAGGAAGCCACGUCGUGUACAUCCGAAACGGCCAUCCUAUCACUCGAUAUCGUCGACCUGACAUCCAUUAUCAAGAGCUCCCAAGUGAUAUCGAAUGAAAUGAACUCAUUUGACGAACUGUUAAAGAAAAUGAUGCAGAUCAUUAUGACAAAUUCGGCAGCAGAGUCAGGUGCGAUUAUUAUCAAAGAGGGCAGCUUUGGCAUAGCGGCUCACUCGAGUCGUUUAACGGGCUGUGAAACAUUUGACCCGCCCAAACUUUUGACUGACGACGGCAAGGACGGAGAAGAUCUGAUCUCAACGCUCGUUGUACAUUACGUAAUUCAUACACAAACAAUCCUAUUUAUCCCAAAUAUCAUGGAGGACACGCGGUUUGCGACCGGCACAUGGUUCGCAAGAUCAGGUCCCAAAUCCGUCAUAUGUAUGCCGUGUAUCCACAAAAACACCUUGGUUGGUGUCCUGUACCUACAGGCGAAUCUCAACACGUUUACACACAAACACGUCACUGUACUUCAUAUCCUGUGUCAUCAAAUUGGUAUAUCCAUCACAAAUGCACUGUUGUUCAAGUCUGUCCAAAAGGCAACUAUGGCGAAUACACGGAUGAUAGCAAAGCAGCGAGAAGCCCUGGAAGAAGCGCGAUCAAGUCGCGAACAAGCGUUGAAAGCUGCAGAGCUUAAGUCUAAUUUUCUUGCAAACAUGUCGCACGAACUGCGAACGCCUUUUUCUGGUUUCUAUGGCAUGAUCGAGUUACUAAGCGACACUCGAUUGGACCCCGAGCAAAAAGAAUUUGUGUUUAUUGCCAAGCAGAGCUGUGAGAUGCUACUGCAAAUAAUAGAUGAUUUACUUGACUUUAGCAAACUUGAAGCACAUAAAGUCAAGUUGCAUCAUGGAUUGUUUUAUGUGGAGGAUCUAAUCGAGGAUCGCGUUGAAUUGCUUAUUACAUUGGCUUCCAACAAAAACUUGGAGCUGACUUGUUUCACGGAUCCGGAUGUCCCUCUUAUGAUUUAUGCGGACGGCAAUCGAAUUGGCCAAAUACUUAUGAACUUGAUCGGUAAUGCCAUCAAGUUUACGAUGCAGGGCGAAGUGGUUGUACGCUGUAGCGUGGAAAAGGAGACGGAUCAACUCAGCCCACCUUUAAACGAGGAUGAGAUAAUGCUUAGAUUCUCUGUACAAGAUACUGGUAUCGGAAUGACAAAAGAACAAACCAAGAGUCUAUUUGUGCCUUUUAGUCAGGUCGAUGGCUCGACCACACGUAACUUUGGCGGCACCGGACUUGGCCUCUCAAUCUGCCUUGAACUCGUUCGUUUGAUGGGAGGCGACGUGUGGGUAGAAUCAGAUAUCAAUACUGGAUCCACAUUCUAUUUUAGAGUUCGGGUCAUGAAAUCGUCGUCAGCUGUAGAACCUGGAAUAGACUCGGAUCGUCGAAGCCGCGAAAUUGAUCGACUUGCUAAAUUAUUGGGUCAGCCCAGACUCCUCCUUAGCACAUCUCCUCGUCAAGGUGCCAUGAUACGCUCCUUACUGCCAUCUACCGUCACAACGACAUGCGUUCCUUCAGUACAGCACGUAAUUGAAUGUGCGCGUGCUAGUGCUCAACAAGGCGAGCCGUACAACUGCAUUCUCAUCGACGCACCACCUCAUGAAACCUUACGCUGUCUACUCGAUGCUACCGAGCAGGAUCCAGACCUUCGCAAUCUCCAAAUUAUUGUUAUUUAUGCGCCAGCCAUGGAGAGUAUACGCCAUCAACUCGCCAGUAACAAAUUCAUCAAAAAUGAAAGUACACGCAUCACACGAAUUACCAAGCCUAUCCGUCGAGCCAAACUUUUCCACACUUUGCUCCAGGUCCUAGGACUUGAAGCCCCUGCAGCAACAGCGUUUACUGCUGCUGAAUCAACACCAAUGUCACAGACAUUGACUUCACGGAUACCCACUGCAUUAGCUCGACAUAUUCACGAAAGCAUCAGUGGUGAUGAUAUGGGCGACAGCAAAAAGCAACAUCCUAAGGAGUACCAUCAGCAACAAUUGAGCCAUCCGCUUGAUACUACUGCACCACCAACCCCGAUUGCACAUAACGAACCUCACGAGAUCAAGCCAUCCUUUUCAAGUCCAUAUACCAACCAAGGCUUUACACCCGAAGAGCUGGCUAUGUUCAAGGAUCAACGGAUACUGGUGGCUGAAGAUAACUUUGUUGCCCAAAAGCUGAUACGAAGACAACUCGAAAAGUUUGGCUUUACUGUUGAGAGCGUCGGUAAUGGAGUGAAAGCAGUGGAAGCGUGGUGCAACCAUUCAGCGGACUAUUACACAAUGGCUCUAUUUGAUCACCAUAUGCCAACCUGCGAUGGAGUGGAAGCAGCUAAAAAAAUACGAAAGAUAGAGGCUAGUAGGAAAGGAGAUACACGUCUAACAAUUCUCGCACUUACAGCUGAUAUUCAAAAAAGCGCAUGUGACAAUGCAAUAAGGGCGGGUAUGGAUGGAUAUCUUACCAAACCUCUGAAUCAGACAUUACUCAUAGAAGUGAUUCGUCGAUAUUGUACAGAUAUACAAAAUUAGUUUGUUGUUUCUUUACAAAUCAAUUUUCAUGUAAAUCCUACAUAUAACAUAUUAUCAACUUGGAGGACCCCUCGAACUUUCCAUGAGCACUUCGCUCAACGAUGUGCUAUUUAAUCCAAGACUGUAUUAUAGAUAUGCGUGUUAUUCAUAUGCUACGAUUUCUCUCCCUCUUGAUCCCGUGUAUUUUUCGCUCUUGUUACGUACGAUUUAUGCAAACAAUUUCGGUACACUUAAGUCUGAUGUUACUUUUAAUAUCAGAUACACUACCGGGAAGACUUUUGCUCUUUAAUUUUUUUGAUGACGGUCUACAACUAUAGUAAUGUAUUAAUGCUUUUUACUGGGCACCAAGUCAUCAGAGCCAGAAUAUGAAGUUCAAUUAAGAUACAAAUGUAUACAAAUUGCGUAUAUAACACUCCCG